GUGAAGGUAAGGGGAGGGAAGGGGGAAGAAGGAUGAUAGGUGGGCACACCUUUGACACCCAACCCGCACCUCCAAAGCUCCCUACUACCAAUACCUUGCCUUACUGUGUACAUGCGGGCUUCGUUCUCCCUCUUCCUCCAACCCCCGAUAAGCUACGGGGCUGCCUUAGCUUACGCCUGCAUUUUCUCCGAAAAUCGCAGCGUCUCGGCACCCGGGAUCCACCAACUGGACGACCUGCAAGGCGACCCAAUGCCGGCAAGGCCCGGGACUGCGGCGGGGGAACCGAGACAGCCUACAGGUAUGGAAGAGAAGGGGAAAGAAAGAAACCCCACCCUUGAACCCUUCAACCAGGUACGAUCGGGCAAGAACUGGAGUCUUCCUGGUAGCCCGAUUUACCCCGCACCGCACCCGUGUCACGUCACCCAACAUCAAUAACCGGCGCUGUUAUUACCGGCACGCAGGCUUGAAGGCUAGAUGACCCUCACCACCAAACAGCCCGCCCACCCCCCC